AUGGAUGAAAAUUCACUUAUAAAACUGAAAGCUCAUCUAUGCUCGGUGUUUACCUUAGGCGUCGAUCCUGCUGCAAAACCGGACUAUCUUCACGAGAUUUUAACGGACCAAUCAGGAUGGUGUUCUGGUGAGAACAGUGCUCAGGGAAAUGUGGAAAGCGCACUUUCCAGGGUGAAAGUCUGCAAGCAAGAAGCAAUUGCCGUCCAAGACAGACUCAGAAAUGAGUACUUUUCAGAGUGGGAUGAGACCUGUGAAGUCAUGGAGGCCAGAAAAUUGUCCAUUUAUAGGUUAGAUGAGCUAGUUUCCAAACUGGAAAAACAGUAUCGCGGUGUGAACUUCGACAUCAGAGGCAAAAUUCAAGGAAUAAGAUGGGCGUCAUCUUGGUCCCACAAAGUGUUCGAGUUUACAUUUGGUGAUAACAUUGAUUCUGGUGAGGUUUAUUUUGGAAUAAUAUGCCUGGUAAAAAGCCCCGACGGCCAGAAAGUCGAUGCAGUUAGCUCCCUUUAUAGACUUAACUUUACUCCAGCUCAGGAAAAGGUUGUAACAGAAGAGACUUUUCAGUUUCUUGGUUUUAUACCAGUAGAGAGUAACACGUCAGUUCAUUACCGCAGAAAGAACCUCGGGUAUUUUUCAAAGAAGCAGAUCUCAAAUUUCUGUCGUAUGAAAGCCAUGGAAGCCUUCAAAAGUAAAGGUUUCAUUCAUGACGUGCCAUAUGUUACAUCGCUUUCAGCUAUCAAUAACUAG